AUGGGAUCUCAGAUAGUUCAAAUAGCUUUUAUAAUUUUGUUGAGUGUUUUUUCAAUUCACAUUUGUCAUGGAUUUAGUGCCAGUCACCAACAUCAGGUAACUUACAGUGAAAGUGACGAUGAAACACAUUAUGGUUACAGAUCAUCACCUUUAUCGGUUAGUUACGAUGAUGAUGAUUCUUAUGGAGCCGAGGAAUCGUCUUCUGGUCCGAGAGUGAUAACUGGAAGUGGCCGAAUGACCAUUUUAGGCAAAAGAUCCUCUCAAGAAACGUCAACAAAAAAUCAACCUGAGAUAGUUUCUAAGAGUAAAUCUGCCAGCAAUGAUCAGCAACAGCAGCAGCAACAACAACAACAGCAACAGUCAAAUGGACAAAAUGACCAAUCCAUGGGGCCAGCAAUAACAAAUUAUAACGUAGAAUGGACUGAAUCUAUUGAUCACGGCCCAUCUAAAUCAUCAAGUAAAUCUUCAUUGACACCAGCUCAACCUCAACCUCAACUUUUCCAAAGCCAAAUGCAGCCUCAGUUUCCAGUGAAUAACGGUUAUUCUGCAUAUCCUGGCCAUUCUAGUUCAUCUGUAUCAGACAACUACAAAGACUACGUGGACACUCAGCCAAUUGGUUAUAACUACAAAGGUCAACAGUUUAGUGAGCCUAGUGUUGGCUAUAGUGAGAGUAGAAUCGAUUCUGAGUGGCAAUUUCCAGAUUUCAUGAAAGAGCUGAAGAGAACUGAAAAAGAUGAAAAAAAAGAUAAGGAUAAGGUGCAAAAAGAGGAUAAAAAACCAGAGUAUGAGGAGGAUCACUGGUAUCAAGAGCCAGCCAAGGAAAAGGAAGAGGUUAAAAAGGAAGAAAAGGAAGAAAAGAAAGAUGAUAAAUUUGAGUUUGAUUGGAGUGACCCUUGGAGUGAAAAGCCCAAAGAGGAGAAGAAACGACCAAAGAAAAAUGUUGAUAAAGAAGAAAAACAAAAGAAAGAAAAGUACGGGGACAAAUUAAAGAAAGAAGAUGGUGAAGAGGGUAAGGUUGUAAAACACGAGCAUCAUACUCAUCAUCACCAUGACCAUUGGGAUGAUUCUUGGAAUAGUGAACCAAAAAAAGAAAAGGAAAAGAAAAAGGUUGAAGAGUAUAAAGAAACUUAUGACAAUGGUAAGAAAAAUGAUGAAUCCUACUCAGGUGUUAAAAAUCCAACUGUACAGGAUGGUGAUUCUUGGUAUGAUGCUCCUAAGAAGGAAGAAAAAUAUCAAGAACCAAGCAAAAAGGAAGAAGAGGCCAAAGGCGAAUAUUAUUCAGAAAAAGAUUACCAGAAAAACCAAGAUGAUAAAUAUCACGAAAAUAAACAGCACGAUAAAAACCAGUACAAUAAAGACCAUUACGAUGACAGUCAGCACAAUAACGACCAGAAUGAUAAUCAUCAGUACGAUAAUAACCAGUACGAUGAUGGCCAGUACGGUAGCAACCAAUAUGAUGAUAAUCAGCACAGCGAUAACGCUAAGCAUGAAGACAAGCAGUACGACGAUAAAUAUUACGAGGAUAAACCAGCUGAAGGUGGAUUAGAGAGUCCAGAACAAAUUGGCCGUCGUCCUGGCGACUCCAAAGAUAAAGGUGGUAAAGGUGGCCUCUUGGAAUCAUAUUUUUGGAAAGCUUUACCUGGAGGAGAUAAAAAAGAUUCAACGUAUAACUACGUAAUCCAUAACAAGAAAGUGCCAUAAAUCCUGGCCUGAAUUGGGGAUCGCUUUCAUUUGGUUGUUGGCUCCAUAAUUGAUGUAACAGGAAUGGUACAAAAUAUCUGUUCAGGUUUUAACCUUGGCUGCAAGAAAUGGCGAGAAUAAACAUGAGGAAUCAAUCAAAAUUUGACAAAUAUGACUGCCAUAGAUCUUUCUGAUUAAUCAAAUUCACCGAUAAUAAAUCAUCACAAUCAAAAUGUAAAUACACAAUCUUAUUUACUGUGGAAAAGUGAACCUAUCAUGAUGAAGCUUUUAAAAUCUUAGAUAAUGACAAUCA